AAAGUGGACAAAGAUAAUGACAUGACAGAAAUGGAUGAUCCAGAAGAAGGGUACUAUGCAUACAAUGAUUUCAAAAAGGGUCUAACAAUGAUGAAAGUUGUUGAUGAUGACAGCUAUGUGUGCUACCUGAACCCCCUCAGUAGAAGUGCCCUUACUCCUGAGGCAAUGGAGAGCUAUAUGGAACACCACCCUGGAGGAGAUGGUUUGAUGUCACAUGAUAGAGAUGCUGAUCUUCCAAAAUAUAUCCCAGCUGAGGAGCCAAUCAGUGAUCGCAGAUUUUUAAGCCAACAUUUUCGAGAAGCUUGUGAGGGAUUCCCCAUGCGUUGGCUUAUUCCUGCUCCAGAACAAAAAGAGGAGAGACAAAAUGAGGACACAAAGGUCGAUUCUAGUGAUGUUAUAGAAAGACAAAAGAGAGAUGAAGAAAAGCCAUGUUGUUGUUGUCUCAUUUGCUUUUGGUGUCUGGGGUAGAUGUUCACUCCUAAACCUGGCAAGAGUGACAUAAUGUUCUCUGGUAAUAUUCUUUAGUAUUGACUGGUGUGAAAAAUAUUAACACUUUUGUGAUUGUGAACUUCCAUGGACCUGAGAGGCAAGGUGAAUAAUCAUUAUGACUGACUGACUCGCAUUUGAUUGAAAUAAACAACAAACAUUUAGUGACAACAAAUUGUCAAAUAAAAUAGUUCAAUCAUAUGUGUCUUAAUUUCUGAGGACAAAUGAGGUAAAUAUAACCUGUGUUUAGUAGAAUGAAUUAAAAAUGAAGUUUUAGGUGAAUGUAAUUGAUGAAAAUGGAAGCGCUUUGGCAUGCUAUCAUAUUAUAUGUUUUUUUUAAAUUCAUGAGUAUCAUUCAUGCAUUUAUGUAAUAUAGUGAAAUGCAUUUGUAUUUUUAGACAAAGGAUAUCUUUUUUAUCUUUAUCUAUGUGUCAAAUGUAUUUUGAAGACAUGAUACUCAUAUUUGGCUUUUGCCUUUAUUUAGUGUAGAAGUGAUGUAACUUUUAGCUCUCU